AUGGCGGACGUCUCCCAACCAAGGCUUGUUUACUUUGGGAACGAGUUCCCCAACGACGACUUGAAUGACUUAUUCCGGAAACUACUUCAGCACAGUAAAGAUCGAAGAUUCCGCUUGCUUUCCGCAUUCCUGGACGAGGCCACUCUUGUUCUCCAGGAGGAAAUCGCAAGACUCCCCCACAAUGUUAGAAGCCAGGUACCUCAUUUCGAUAACAUUGUAACACUCUCAGAAAAUGGGUACCUUCGGGAACUCGGACUCGGGGCUGCGAUGGAGAGCGCUUUGCUAAUUGUACUUCAACUCGCCUUGUUUAUCGGACACUAUGAAGCCAAGGAUGCAGAACUCAAUCUGCACAAGGAUCGUACUGCUCUGGCCGGCCUCAGCGUCGGUCUAUUCUCCGGUGCGGCCGUGGCACUCUCUACUUCUCUUGCAGAGGUGGUCAAGAACGGGGCUGAAUGCUUGAGAGUUUCCUUCCGACUUGGCGUCUACGUUGGUGAGUUCAGCAGCAAGUUGGAAGCACCUCAGCCAGAUGGGAUCCUCGAGAGUUGGGCACAUGUCAUCACGGGCAUGUCUGAAGAAUCCGCCAACGAUGAGCUAUUGCGAAUCAACAAAGAGCUUGGGAAUCCCGAAAUCUCAAAGGUUUUCAUCAGCGCCGCCGACAAGGUAUCAGUCAGUCUAAGCGGACCGCCAUCUCGGAUCAAGGCUGCUUUCCAGCACUCGAGCAGUUUCCGAUACUCCAAGUCUCUACCUCUACCUGUUUACGAUGGCCUCUGUCACGCAAAACAUCUCUAUGGGCAGAACGACAUUGAUGCCGUCAUUGACAGCGAGAAUUCUCUCAUUACGUUGUCACGGAAGCUACAGCUUCCACUCAUCUCCUCCAAGACGGGAAAACCGUUUUUGGCCACCACGGCUGGUCAGCUGUUGCCAGAGAUUGCUACCGAGUUGAUCACUGGAACCAUCUACCUUGACAAUGUGACCGAGGGCAUAAUCAACCAUGCUCAUUCCAUUUCCAACGCUGAAGAGCUGCGGAUUGACACGUUCCGCACCUCCAUAGUAUUCAAGGGGAUUCUAAAGACCCUUGAAAGUACCUUUUCCAGCAUGGAAAUCGUAAAGAACGACCUGGUCAGCUGGGUUCAUGACGACUUUGGCACCCGCCAGGCAAGCAAUGCCGGAAACGCCAAGCUUGCGAUUGUCGGUAUGGCGUGCCGUAUGCCUGGCGGAGGUAAUGACCUUGAACAAUUUUGGGAACUGCUCGAGCAGGGCCGUGAUGUCCACACCACAGUUCCUGCUGAUCGAUUUGAUCUGGAGACUCAUUACGAUCCUUCUGGCAAUACCGAGAAUGCAGCGACUACACCCUACGGAAACUUCAUUGACCGUCCCGGGUUUUUCGACGCGGGUUUUUUCACCAUGUCUCCAAAAGAGGCUGAGCAAACAGAUCCCAUGCAGCGCCUUGCGCUCACAACGGCCUACGAGGCCAUGGAGAUGGCUGGCCUUGUUCCCGGCCGCACCGCUUCGACUCGCCGUGAGCGCAUUGGAACCUUUUAUGGGCAAGCAAGUGACGAUUGGCGUGAGCUCAACGCUUCGCAAAACAUCGGCACGUAUGCGGUUCCCGGUGGUGUUCGAGGCUUCACCACCGGCCGUAUAAACUACUUCUUCAAGUUUGCCGGUCCGUCUUUCUGCGUCGACACAGCCUGCUCCAGCUCAAUGGCUGCAGUUCACCAGGCCUGUAUGGCCCUUUGGGCCGGAGAGACGGAUACUGCCAUUGCCGGAGGCGUAAACAUCAUCACCGACCCGGACAACUACGCAGGUCUUGGUAAUGCCCACUUCUUGUCCAAGACGGGACAAUGCAAAGUCUGGGACAAGGACGCCGAUGGAUACUGUAGGGCUGAGGGUAUUGGAUCCAUUGUGAUCAAGCGGCUAGAGGAUGCUGAGGCGGACAAUGACAACAUCUUGGCUGUUGUGCUAUCUGCUGCGACGAACCACUGCGCAGAUGCCAUCUCAAUAACUCACCCACACGCGGGACACCAGAAGGAUAACUAUCGACGGACUCUCCAGAAAGCUGGAGUCAACCCUCUAGAUGUCAGCUUUGUCGAGAUGCACGGCACUGGAACCCAAGCCGGCGAUGCCAUUGAAUCAGAAUCUGUUCUGGACGUAUUCGCUCCUUUAAAGCCUCGCCGCCGUGCAGAUCAGAAGCUUCUUCUCGGGGCUGUGAAAAGUAAUAUUGGCCACGGUGAAGCAGCUGCCGGUAUUUCCUCCCUUAUCAAGGUACUUCUUAGUUUCCAGAAGAGUGCUAUUCCUCCCCAUGUUGGUAUCAAGACACAGAUCAACCCUACGAUACCAAAGGACCUUGACAGAAGAAACGCGGGUCUGGCGAUGAAGAUGACCCCAUGGCUUCGGCCGGAGGGAAAGAAGCGUAUUGCCAUGGUAAACUCGUUUGGGGCCCACGGUGGCAAUACUACACUACUUCUUGAAGACCCCCCCGAGAUACACAGACCUCGUGUCAGUGAUGAGAGUGCAGAUGGGCGUGCUCUACACCCAGUCGUUAUUUCAGCGAGAAGCAAGAAGUCUCUGCAGGCCAACCUCCAAAACCUUCUAGACUAUCUGGGGAAGAACCCCGAUAUAGACCUGGCUGAUUUAUCCUACACCACUUGCGCAAGACGUAUGCAACACAACCUGCGCGUUGCGACCACGGUCUCAAGUGUCUCCGGGCUUCAGAAGUUCCUUCGCACUGCCAUCGACAGCAAGGCUGGAUCGGAAGCCAAACCAAUCCCGCCAAAUGCGCCUUCAGUCGUUCUUACAUUCACUGGCCAGGGUGCUUCUUACAAGGGCAUCCGGCAAGAACUAUUCGACGAGAUGCCAUACUUUCGCGACCAGGUACUGCAGCUUGACCAGCUUGUUCAGCGCCUUGGUUUCCCAUCUGUUGUUCCUGCCAUCACAGGCAGUGACGAUGACGAGGUUCUGUCUCCCGUCAUCAGCCAGCUCAGCAUUGUUGUUUUGGAGAUUUCUCUCGCUCGAUUCUGGGCACACAUGGGAGUAAAGCCAAGUGCUGUCAUCGGCCAUAGCCUCGGUGAAUAUGCUGCCCUUGCAGUCGCCGGUGUACUAUCCGCCGCCGAUGCUCUAUAUCUUGUCGGUCGCCGAGCCCAGAUUACGGAGCAGCGCUGCAAUGCCUAUAGUCACGCGAUGCUGUCAGUCUUGGGAGCCCCCGAAGAAAUUGAUCGGGUGUUGAAGGGCGACGUCGAGACGGCAGCCAUCCGAUAUGAAGUUUCCUGCCAGAACACGCACGCAGAUACCGUGCUUGGAGCUUCAAAAGCUGACAUUGACACUAUCCGCAAGGUUCUUGAGGCAAACACAUUCAAGUGUAUGUCUUUGGAGAUACCGUUUGCUUACCACACGUCUCAGAUGGACGCUGUAAUAGACGAGCUGGAAGUGCUGGCCCAGACGAUCCCCUUCAAGGCUCCCAGUAUUCCCGUUCUCUCUACUAUGCUCGGUGCUGUUGUUUUUGAUGGAAAGACAAUUGGCGCUAGCUAUCUUCGACGUCAGACUCGGAAUUGUGUCAAGUUUGCGGCUGCCAUUGAGACUGCCCGAGAUCUUGGAAUUGUUGAUGACAGUACAAUCUGGAUCGAUGUCGGUCCUCACCCCGUCUGUGUCGGCUUCGUGAAGAAGAUCAUUCCACAGGCGAGGAUUGGAUCAUCUUGCCGACGAAACGAGGACAAUAUUUCUACUGUCGCCAAAACACUAGUUACUCUGCACCUCGGGGGCAUUACUCCUCACUGGAACGAAUACUAUAGAGCCAACGAGAAGGCUUACACUUUGCUCAACCUUCCCAAAUACUCUUGGAACGAGACAAACUACUGGAUCCCGUACUAUGGCACAUGGACUCUCGACAAGGCCCAUUUCAAGUAUGGAGGCAAGCCUGGAAACAAUCGUAUCAAUGCGGCAUCUGUUUCUUCUGGACUUCGAACCUCGACUAUUCACCAGGUUACCCAUGAGGUCGUUGAAGAUACCAGGGCAUCUCUACACGUGCUUUCUGACAUUCAGCAUCCAGAGUUCCGUGAAGCUGUAUACGGGCAUACCAUGAAUAAGUGCGGAGUUGCGACAUCGUCCAUCUGGACAGACAUGGCUUUGGCUGUAGGUGAAUACCUGUACAAAAAGCUGCAGCCGCAGGUCAAAGAUGUCCACAUGAACGUUUGCAAUCUUGAAGUCCUUCAUGCGCAGGUUGCCAGCAAAGUCAAAGGCGCAUAUCAGCCUCUGGCCCUCGAAGCCGACCUGGACUUGGACCAGCAAUACAUGUCGCUUGCCUGGUACAACGUCAACCCAGACACCUCGGAGCGCGAGGCUGAACAUUUCGCAACGGCAGCCGUACGGUUCGAGGAUCCCGCAAGCUGGACCGCGGAGUGGAAGCGUACUACGCACUUGGUCCUUGGACGAAUCGAGGCCCUGCAGCAACUCGCCAACGAGAACAAGGCCAAUCGCAUCUCCAAGCGUAUGGCCUACACUCUGUUCAAGAACGUGGUAGACUACUCUGAGCAGUACCGUGGCAUCGACAGCAUGAUUCUCCACGAGUACGAGGCCGUGGCCGAUGUGACUCUUGUGAAUGAUCGCCACGGCACCUGGCACACGCCUCCUCACUGGAUCGACAGCGUCUGCCACCUCGCUGGUCUGAUCAUGAAUGGCAGCGACGCUUCAAACACGGAGGACUACUUCUACGUUACGCCUGGCAGUGAUAGUCUUCGACUCCUGAAGCCUCUGGAGGCGGGGGGGAAGUACAAGAGCUACGUCCGAAUGUUCCCACUGCCGGUCGAAGCCGGAAACAUGCAUGCUGGCGACGUAUACAUCUUGCAGGAUGACACUAUCGUUGGUGUCUUGAGCCAGAUCCGCUUCCGCCGUGUGCCUCGACUGCUGAUGGACCGCUUCUUCUCUGCCCCCUCUGCAAGCAAGUCCGGAGGCCACAAUCCUGACGAGACAAUCUCCUCCUCUGCCGCUCGUCCCAAGAAUACACUGGCACCUGCGUCACCAAAGGCUGUCGAGCAUACGCCCAAGCCUGCCGUAGUGGCUCCCGAGUCAACUGCGUCGGCCCAGGAAUCGAAUGGACGUCUCACAAGCGCAUCCUCGUCCGGUAGCAGUGACGCCAGCCCCGAGAUUCACACACCACCAGAGACGGGGGACUUGGAUACGAGUGUUGUAGGCCAGUGUAUCCAGAUUAUUGCCCGUGAGACCAAUUUGGACAUGGGCGAGUUGACGCCAGACGCCACCUUUACUCAACUUGGAGUCGACUCUCUCAUGUCCUUGGUCUUGUCGGAGAAGUUUCGCAACGAACUUGGAAUUGAUGUGAAGAGCUCGCUGUUUUUGGAAUGCCCAACCAUUGGCGAGGUUAGGGAGUGGAUUGAUCAAAACUGUUAG